GAUGGGGAGGCGCUACAAUGGACAAGAGCACUUUAGACGACGGACAGAUGAAGUAUAGAGUGUCGUAGUCUUUUAUUAUCAUGGAGUAGUUUAUGAAUGACUUGACAGGACGGUAAAAGGUGAUAAGGACCAGGUGCAAUAAAAAAAAAAAAAAGUAGUCUGUUUUUUUCACUUAGUAGAUUUUAUUGCUGUUGAGUGGAAACAGCCAUAUAAUGCUGCCUUGGAAGAAGAAUAAGUUCGACCUGAUUGAGGAAGACAAGCAGUCCAAGCAGAAGGGCUAUGCGGUGAGUCUCAACUAUUCGGCGCUCACAUCCUUCGCCAAGUCGUGCCCGGAGAGCGCACUCAACAGGGUCGGAAGCAUGUUCAAGUCCAAGAGGAAAAAGGUGAAAAUCACCAGCGAGGACCCCACAUACACAGUGCUGUACCUGGGGAAUGCCACCACCAUCCAGUCCAAAGGGGACGGCUGCACGGACGUGGCGGUGGGCAAGAUCUGGGGCAAAAGUGAGAUGGGCAAGAACGGCACCAAGAUGAAGCUGACCAUCAGCUCGCAGGGCAUCCGGAUGGUGCAUGUGGACGACAAGGCGAGGAGACCGGGACACUUGUACUUGCUGCACCGGAUAACUUACUGCGUCGCAGACCCGAGGUUACCCAAAAUUUUCGCUUGGAUAUACAGGCACGAAAUGAAGCACAAGGCGGUGAUGCUGCGGUGCCACGCAGUGCUGGUGUCCAAGCCGGAGAAGGCAAAAGCCAUGGCGCUGCUUUUGUACCAGACCUCAGCGACGGCUCUGGCCGAAUUCAAAAGACUAAAGCGGAGGGAUGAUGCCCGGCACCAGCAACAGCAGCUCAUAGGAGAGCAGACCAUCCCGCUGGUCCCCCUCAGGAAGCUCCUGAACGGACAGUGUUACUACAAACCCCCGGUGGAGCGCAGCCGGAGCGCACCCAAACUGGGCUCCAUCACCGAGGACUUGGUCGGGGAGGAGGAAGAGGAGAAAGCGAUGCACUUUGAGUGUGAGGACAUUCUGGACACGGACGAUGAUUGCGUUGCCAACGGUAAACAGGAGUUGACUCAGAUUAUUAAUGACCUCGGAGAGAUGAGCAUAGGGAACGACGUGCAGACGCUGAAAGCUGACCUCAGAGUCACCCGACUUCUCUCUGGAGAGAGCACGGGGAGCGAAUCCUCCAUAGAAAGCAACCAGGAGCCCAUUCCGGUCACAAAUGGAUUGGUGGAGGGAAAGAUGCAGGAAAUCGCCUGAAUAAUUUAGGUAUUUAGGCGCCAUCGAUGCAUCUUUUGUGGUGCCAUGAGGUCUCCACAAGAAACAUUUCCCCUGUCAUUUAUCUUGUGCUGGAGUGUUUGCCUAUGUAUUGUGCCUCCACGCCGACUUGAAAUAAUACUGAAAGACCCUCAAAGGUUCUGGGACAAUAACCAGCACAAGGACACACAAUUACUGAAUGAUAUUCUGAGGAACGUGAAUACACACUGAAAGAAAAAAAAAAGUGCAUGCCCAUUUUCGAGAUGACUGGUUGAGCCCACAAACAGUGCGCCCCAGGACGCACGGCACUAAUUCCAUCUCUUUUAUUUAAGAGGAUUUGUUUUAACCUGAAGCUUGUUUACCCAACCCGUUUCUCUCGUGGAAAUGCCACUUUUUUCCCCUCUUGAAAUGUGUCCAUAAUGAUAGAAAAAAAAAGCAUUCCAUUUUUGAAAGCACGUUUCCUUAUCGGCUCAGUGGGUCUAAGUAGACACCCAUAACUUUCCUUUCAGGGCGCUUUUGUAUUAAUUAGCCUGUUCAUUUCUUUUAUUUUGCACUGUUGUGGAAAUUCAGUCAAGUAUUAUGUUGAUUGCCAUGUACAUAAUAUCGUCUCUUGGUAUGUUGUCAUAAACAUAAAUGUCAUAUCUUUGCUGUGCAAAAGAAAAACUCCUUUAUGUAUUAAGAUGUACAAAGUAAAAUGCAUUGAGUGUAAGUAUACAAAUAUUUGUUAUUUUUUAAAGAAGAAAAAAAAAGGUGAUUUGUUAUGUGAACUUCACAAAAUUACCAAUAAAAACAAAAGAAGGUGAA